CCGAGCCGAGCCGCCCAGGCCGCCGGGCGCCCCCAUGCUGUGCUCCAUGGCCAACUCGGGCUGCCUCCUGCUGUCCAACUCGGGCGGCAUGCUCCCGCACUCCGUGCCCUGCCCGCCCGCCAUCCUCUACCUCCAACAGGGCAGCCAGGACGCCACGGCUCCGCCUGAAGCGAUGGCACAGCCCUACCCCCCCACCCAGUACCCCCCUCCACCACAGAAUGGCGUCCCCGCAGAGUACGCCCCACCACCGCCGCACCCCACGCAGGAUUACUCCGGCCAGCCCCCGGUGCCCCCGGAACACAGCUUGACGCUCUACACACCAGCACAGACGCAUGCCGAGCAGCCGGGCCCUGAUGCCAGCACGCAGGCUGGGCCCGGGGCCCCCACAGUGCCGCAGACGGACGAGGCUGCGCAGACAGACUGCCAGGCCCUGCACUCCGCCGACCCCGCAGACAAGCAGCAGCCCAAGAGGCUGCACGUCUCCAACAUCCCCUUCCGCUUCCGGGACCCCGACCUGCGACAAAUGUUCGGGCAAUUCGGGAAAAUCCUAGACGUGGAGAUCAUUUUUAACGAGCGGGGCUCCAAGGGUUUUGGGUUUGUAACUUUUGAAACUAGCGCAGAUGCCGACCAAGCCCGGGAGAAGCUGAAUGGGACGAUCGUGGAGGGGCGGAAAAUCGAGGUCAACAACGCCACUGCCCGGGUCAUGACCAACAAGAAGACGGUGAACCCCUACACUAACGGCUGGAAACUCAACCCGGUGGUGGGUGCAGUCUACGGGCCUGAAUUCUAUGCAGUGACAGGGUUCCCUUACCCCACCACGGGCACAGCAGUGGCCUACAGGGGCGCGCACCUCCGGGGCCGGGGCCGGGCCGUGUAUAACACAUUCCGGGCCGCGCCACCGCCACCCCCCAUCCCGACUUACGGAGCGGCGCUGGAACAAACGCUUGUUAAAAUGCCGGUGCCGUGGGCAGGGCUGGCACCCUGCGCCCUCCCUCCGCAGACUCCGGAGCCGGCCUGCCCCACCUCUCCCGUGCUCCCCCCACUUUCUUGUCCGUUUGCUUCCAGGCUCGUAUACCAGGACGGCUUUUACGGUGCUGAGAUCUAUGGGGGCUACGCUGCCUACAGAUAUGCCCAGCCUGCUGCGGCCGCGGCCGCCUACAGUGACAGCUACGGCAGAGUCUAUGCGGCCGCUGACCCCUACCACCACACCCUCGGCCCCGCAGCAGCUUACAGUAUCGGAACCAUGUGAAAGCUUUGACCUUUCCCUUCCUGGACCGCGAAGGGCAAAACAAAAAUCACACACAAAAAAAAUAUCACAAAACAAAACAAAAACAACAACAACAAAAAAGAUGUUCCGAUCCAAGCCACAAAAACAAAAACCAACAAAACAAACCAACAACAGCCAAACCAAGAGGCAUCGGCCCAUCGGCCUCGGCCCCGGCCCCGCACAGCACAGGACGGCGUGGACGGCAGCUCCGGCCUGCAGCGGGGCUGGGGGGGCCCGUUUCCCAUCAAGUCUUCCUUUCAGCCCCCACUCCCAAGGCAGUGGGGUGCCCAUGGGGGGCUGGAGGGUGGGAAAGGCUGCCCAGUGGGUGGGGAGGGACGAGGGAAGGGGCCGCUUUUCAUCCCGGGGCUCAGGCGAACUCCCCCUUCACCCUUGAAUCUCGCUCUCGCGCCCCAGUUCCCCCACCCACCCAUGCCACGCCAGGUGGAGGGGCUGUGGACCCCUGAAGAUGCCCACCCCAACCCCAAGGGCUGAUGCCGUCCGGACACCGCCGGACACUCUGUCCUCCCUCACCCCGGCCACGAGAGGGAGGGGACGGGUGCUUUGGUCCUUUCUGGAGGCCCCCUCGUCCCUGCCCUGGGGAACCCCGUCCUGCAGGGGUGUGAAGGGACAGGCCAUCGAGGGAGUCUCAGUACCACAGGGCUGCAGAACAGGGGGUGGGGUGGGGCCCAAGCCAGCCCAACCCCUGCCCCCCACCCCGUCCUGUGGGGCCCCGGCAGGUAGCGCAGCUGCAGGAGGGAGACAGCACAGCGCCGGGGACCCCUUCGCCUCCCUUUCUCGGCUCCUUUUCUAAGCCCGUGUACAUAGCCCCCCUCCCCGAGCCUCGCGCCUUCUCCUCCCAGCCCGCCCCGCCCCGCGGACUGCAGCCAGGCCCCCACCCCCUUUCUUACCACUCUGUAUGCUCCGAGGUGUGACCAUUCAGAUGAACAGUAUUAUUAUUAUUAUUAAGAUUAUUAAUAAAGCGUUUUCUUCAAACCA